UUUCUACUACAUAAAUCUACCACGGGAAUUUCGUCCUGUUUCUAUCAUCCAUUACGCAAAUUUGGAUUGUAAAACACUUAGGGUAGCUAUCGGUUUCUCAAAUCACUAUGGCGGAUAUAGUCAGCGUCUACAUGAACACCCCUCCUGUCGCGAGGACGGUCGCGACAGCGGUGUUCCUAUGCUCCGUAGGAGUCUACACGGGCAUGCUCAGUAUUGAACCCUUCAUUUUCCACUACUUGAUGCUAUACAAGUUCCCUCCCGACAUUUACCGCCUCGUAACGAGCUUCCUAGUGACAAGUCCCAACUUGGGUGUAUUGUUCGAUACAUACUUCAUCUUCACAUAUCUGAGUCAGCUUGAGACUGUCUCCAAAUUCCAGAAGAAGGAGGAUUUGAUAUGGUACCUGAUGUUUGUCACUACUAUUAUAGUUCCGUUGAACGCGUUAUUCACGGAAGGUUACUUGCUACUCCAAGCAUUGCUCAUUGCGUUAUGCUAUACGGCAACGCAAGACCAACGAGGCCAGAAUGCGCACUUCUAUAUUAUUACCAUACCCGCGCAGUUGAUGCCAUACUGCAUGCUUCUGGUUCAAUUGCUUUUCCCCAAUGGUUGGGCUAAUAUUAAGAUCGGAUUGACUGGUCUUGUUGCUGCCCAUUUACACGACUUCCUGUCUCGUAUCUACCCCGAGUUUGGAAACGGUCCCAACCUCAUUCCUACGCCGGGAUUUAUUUCGUGGAUCAUGACCACACCUAGAAUUCGCAAUACUGUCUACGGACAGUCGUCCGCACCACCAACAAGCGGUGGAAGAAGCGGCCCCCUCCCGGACUCGUGGAGGAGCAAAGGUCCCGGAAGACGUCUAGGUUAGGCGACAUGUACAUAGACGACUAAUAAAUAAUCAUGAGAGGAUUCGUCGAUGAAAUAAAUCAGUCAAUCACCGUUAUUCGAUUAUGUCGUACUGACAAUGUUUUCAUAACGUGACCGUCAUUGACCAGCCUCGUGUUGUUGCCCUAACUAGCAGCUAGGCUCAACAUUCAAAAUAUCUAUUAUGUCCGUCGCAAGA